UGUGAGUGUAUCGUCUGCGUCGUCUGAUUCUGAUGUCGUGUCAAUUGAAUUGAACAGGUUUGAGGUUGAUCAUGGGAUGAUUAUGAGGAACGGUUGAUCUUGUACAUACACAAUCAAAAUAAUAAAAAUGUCUUCAGAUUCGAAUGUCAAUAAAGCUAAAUAUAUUUACGAAAUGGACUACUUGGUUCGAAUGGAUUUAUGCAAAAUUUUAAACCAAAAUGGUAAAUGGGAAGAAUUAGCAGGAUCCCAACGGAUGCAAUUUGAUUACGACACCAUUCAGAAACUUCGAAAUGAGAAGAAUCCCACAGACGAACUGUUGACAAUGUGGAGUCAAUUUAACCACUCAAUUGCUGAACUCUUUGUUCUUUUAUCAAGAAUGCAUCACUAUCAAGCAAUGCAGGUUUUAAAGCAUUUGGUGGAUCCGAAACUCCAUAUACUUAUAGACAAGGGAGAAGGAAACCUGCAAAGGGUGACUCGCAAAGACAGAGAACUGGGCAUAGACACGAAAAAUUUCAACAAAGCUAUACCAGUUCAGCCCGUUAUUCCAAAGAUUGUACCUGAAGUGUGUAUCAUCAAAGAAUCUUGUAAAAUAUUGAAUCAACCAAAAAAGUUUGCAAAUCCAUUUCCUCCUCCGAGCAAUUCAAACAAUCUAUUUCCCGAAUCACCAAUUGCGUUUCCACCUUCCAAUGCUCUACGAAAUCUGCCCGGAGAAAUCAGAGAAGCGAAUUUACCUGUUGUCCAGUUUGAAGAACUUAAACUUGCAACUGAUAAUUGGGACCAACGAAAAAUUUUAGGGAAAGGAGGAUAUGGAGUCGUUUACAGAGGCAAUUGGAAGAAUACUGACGUUGCAAUAAAGAAAAUAGAACGUCGUGCUGGAAGAUCUGACGAAAACUAUGAAACCCAGUUACAACAGUCACUUCAGGAAAUUAAGAUUUUAAACUCUCAUCCUCAUGAUAAUAUUUUAGCAUUAUAUGCUUAUAGUAUAAAUGGGGAUGCACCUUGCCUCGUUUAUCAAUUCAUCCUGAAUGGAUCUUUAGAAGAUAGACUUUUGCUAAAGCAUAAAACGAAACCACUUUCUUAUGAACAACGCUACAAUAUCGCCAAGGGUACCGCGCGAGGUCUGCAAUAUUUACACACUAUCGGCGAUAAACCAUUGAUUCACGGGGAUAUCAAAAGCGCAAAUAUUCUACUAGACAAAAAUUUUGAUCCGAAAAUCGGAGACUUUGGCUUAGCGCGAGAAGGACCUGAAACUGAUUCGAUGAAAGUCAGCAAGAUUUACGGAACGAGACCAUACCUACCUGAAGAUUUCAUUGAUGGGAAAAAUCUUUCUACGAAAGUCGAUACAUACAGUUAUGGAAUUGUACUUUUCGAGUUAGCAACUGGGAAACUAGCUCACGACAAUAGUAGGCCGAAAUGGAAGCUUUUGAAAGAUUUAAUUGAUAAUUGGGGCGAUCAAGAUUUCGGGAUUUUAAUGGAUAAGAAAGCAGGAUUUGAUUAUAGAGUUUUUGAUAAUUUUAUUCGUUUAGGGAAAUUGUGUUCCCAAAAAUUAGCGAAAGAUAGACCUGAAAUGGAACAAGUUUAUAAAAAGCUGUGUGAAUUCAAAAUGCAAUAUUUUGCUUUACCCACUGGGAUUUUUUAACUGCGGUUGAAUACGAGUGCUGUAUUUUAUGCUUGAGAAAAUGUUAAUAAUCAAGAUGUUAGCUAGAGAUGACAAGUUUGGUUAUUUAUUCAAGUAAACGUGGAAACUAACGACAAUUGUGAUAUCAUGUUUAUUUCUAAAUAAUUUAAAAGUAUUUUUAAUGCUUCUGCUGUGAAGUUUUCUCAGUGGUAAAGUGGAAAACACCAGGGAAUAUUUUUUUACGACUGUUAUUGUAUUGCGUGAUUGAUAUACUAAUACAAAAUAAUUAUUGUGAAUACGUAACGUUGUUUGUUGUUUUACAGUUACUACCUGAGAGAUUAUUUUUUAAUUUGUAUUCCUAAUUAUAUAUUUUAUAUUAUAUUAAUGUAAAAAUCUUGUAAAACUCAAUAUUUUGGUAAGAAAUUUAUCAAGUACUUUUCUUUGAAUUGUAGCCUCAAGGAGUGAUAUUUUUUCCUUUUGAAAUAUAUAUAGCAAUCAUGAAAUACAAACUUA